AUGUCUGGCUUUGGUUUGGAUAGUCUUGUGGUUGGGAGUGCAGACCCAAAACGGAAGGCCCUUCUGAAAGGGCCACAGUCCCGCAACUGGACCUCAUUUAUUGAAACUAUCACCGCGGACGGCCGUGUCCUUACCCCUGGCAUUAUCUUUAAGGGCAAAGAACUUCAGAAACAGUGGUUCUUGACGGAAUUCGGCAAAAUAGCCGACUGGCAUUACAUAACGUCGCCCAACGGAUGGACGGACAACCAUAUCGCUAUUGAGUGGCUUGAGAGGAUGGACAUGGAAGUCAUGCAACGGAUGCAUGGAUGGCCACAUGCUUUUUGA